AUGUGCUUACAUAUCAGAGAGGGGAAAGUAGCAGACAAGCAACAAAUAAAAAUAAACGGGGGAGGAAAAAAAAAAAUAGUAUCGUUAAGUAUAAAACCAGGUGCGACCAUUAACAGGGGCACAGGCGCAAGCAACAUGGAUAUUCGCGGUGUUGUUGCAGCAUUUCAGCGAGGGUCUCCGCUCAUCCCGCGUGCUGUCAAGGUACUUUUCAAUUACUCACAUCCCCUCACUGAGCGUGAGGUGGCCCUGCUUAACCAAUAUGUGAAGGGGGUUCAAGAACAACAGGAGGCGGGGCUACGUACAACCGAAGUACCUGAGAACAUUAACGCAUUGGCCGCGCGACCGCUUCAGCGCCUGCCCGCAGUGUCUGUUAUUCAAUGUGUGUUGGGUGCAGCAAAAAUACCAAGCUUUCCUAUCAGGUACCAGCGGCAGCUGCAACGACAACUUCUCCCUCUCGUCGUGAGGGACACACCGCUGACGCGUGAAGAGUGGACAAGCAUUCUUCACCAAACAGCGACCUUACCUAUGGGUUACUCCCGCACUGCACUGCGCUGUGCGGAGGAAAUUCUCAAAGCGGCGGCGCCACCGUUAUUUAAGGGAGAUGCCGUACCCCAAGCGGGAGAAGAGCAAACACUAUUCUUGAACAUAUUUGCUACGGUGGUUCUGCACUACGCCAAGCUUCAUGCAGCGUGUAGGAAACACUCUUUUUCAAGUUUGUCCCUCAACAUACCCGUUGGCAAUGAAAACGUAUUGUUGUGUGGUCCCAUGCGGCGGCUUCGGCGGAUUCUGGAAAAGAGUUGCAACCACUUGCGCGAGAAAUGGGGUGCCCUCAUUGAGAAACUUCCACCACCGCAAGCAUUGACGCUGUCCGUGUUUCCCUCGUGGUCAUGCCCUAUUUCGAAGGAAACAGUGCAGCAGACAGUGAAGAGCUCACCGAUGCUGAUGCUUCACCUUCUUGGAAAGAGGCCUGUUCCCGGAUCGUUGCUGGUCGAUAAAGCGGAAGAGGUGAUACAGUUAUGUCUUUACAACAUGGGACUCACUAAUUGUUCGUUAAACAGCACCCGCGAUUACCUGACUGUCAUCCUGGCGCUUCCUGUGAGUGACAAGAGAGGCUAUUUCAUGACCCAUGGUGAAGACAGCUUCUUCCAGUUGCUCAUGCCGUUUGUGAACAAAGGGAAGAUACUUACCCCCGAGGUCGCACAGGAAUGGGAAACACUCUACUGUUUGAUUUUUCUUGGAAUAGGGAUGGAGGAAGAAUUGUUACCCUUGUUUGUUCGGGCCGCCGCUGCCGUUAUGCAAAAAUGCUGCGCUUCAACGGAAAAGGCAUCGAUCAUGAUCCUCACCAGUGCUGUUUUGCGUGCAUCAUCCGAAACGUCUCGCUUAAGGGUCCGUCAGGAAGACAUUGUAAAGAUUAUAGAGAGAGAUUUGGUGAGUCAUUCUGCAGAUGCUGUUAAAGCAGCCUGGAGGCUGCUUCAGGUCAGUGGUGUGGAGAACCGUGUCGUGGACGAAAUGCGGGCCGCGCUCAAAAGUGCCAAAGGUAAUGAGGAGGUGAGAUGGGCCAUGGCACUGUAUAUUUCCCCCAAGCGGGCACCGAGCGAUGUUAUCGAGGGGUUGAAUGAACUUCUCUUUGAUAGUUGUGAGGAAGUGGAUGCCUAUAGGCCAGCUGCCUUCAUAGCGCUCCGGUCUCUUGUAGAAAGUAAAGCAAAAGUUUCCCCUAAACUUUGCACAGUCUUGUGCCGGGCUGAUGUGGUUUCACGGAUUGGGGAGAGUAGAGACGAGUUGGAUGCCCUCGCGGAGACGGCGGUUGCGCUCGCAAACGUAUUUGUUUUUUCUCCAAUGGCUCUUCUUCUUACGCACAGAAGUGGGUUACUGCGCCGACGCCUCUCAUACUCUGUAGAGGAUCUUGCAAGUGAUGCAAGUGCCGCUAUUGCGUUAUGGGACAGUGUUACCCAUGUUGUAUUCGGGCUGGAGGAGAAAGAAAAAACAAACAUAUUGUCGAAUUCUGCCUGCGGUGCGCUACUACCCGUCGCCUCGGCGUUACUAAAACACACUGCCAAGAUGGCAGUUCCUACCGCGCUUCGGGAACUUGUGAUUUGUUGUGGCCAUGAUCAUAUUCAGGGUGAAGACCCUUACUAUUUCUGUGACAACGACUCGCUCUUGGGACGCAUGCGGACAAGCUCCAAGGUUGUCCAGCGGCGGCUAUUUGAUUCGCUCUUCAGCGGAGAACACAGACAUCUCCUGGUUUUGCACCACGAUGCACUUGUUGAUGGGCUCUGUGGGUACUUCAGUGAAUCUGUCCACUUACGCACGGCGGCGAGUCGCGGUUUGGUGUUACUCCUAGGAACUAGGACCGGGUUUGCUUCGUCACAAAUAAUUUUUAACAAGCUCCUUGAUGCAGUCAAAGAGUCAGUGGAGUAUAUGCUUGCCUUGGAUAUGCGAGACCGGGCGAUAGCCGCUGCGUCCCCGGCGGCAAUGUUGCAAUACGAGGAAAAGACGUUGCGAGAGCGGCAGUUGUUAAAAACUUAUCCCUCCAAACCACCCAAAGGCAUGGCCGAGGAUGACUUUGAGGAUAUGAAAAGAAGGGAUGCCGCCGCACUUGAGAAGGGUCGGGAGGAGCUCCGCAAAGAGAUCCAAAAGCACAGCAGGGUUAUUGAGGAUAUUCUGUUACAGCGGAAAACUGCCCUUGUGACUGUUCGUACUCUAGGCACGUCAGGCGACUUCCCCCUCGAGUGCGUGGCGGUACUUUUUCCCUAUUUGCAGGAAACAUUGAGUGGAAACGAUGUGCCAGAAGUACUGGAGCGGUUGCUUGUUGAUGCUAUUGCUGGACUCCUUUCACGAACAGCGUUUGCACACAUAGCUGAGGGCAUGUCCAGAACGGUUGCUGAGUUAGAGGGAAAAGCCUCACUCUCUGUAGACGAUGUUUCUCGUGUUUCUACUAUGGCGACGUAUUUGCGUCAGUCAAUGACAAAAAUGCUCCCUCCCCCGCUGUUCGUGGUGCUGCUCCCGUUCUCACAUGUAGCAUUCAAAGCCGGUCGUGGAAGCCAAGCUGUUCGUACAACAAUUCCCCUCGCAACUCAACACCAAAUCAUGGGUGUGUUGAUUCAGAACAUUGGUCAGGCAAACUUACCGCAGCCGACGGAGACGCUACAGUUGCUGUACACGAUAUUGCAGAGGUUUCCUUCGCUGUUUAAGAGUGUGCAACAGGGGAUCAACCUUUUGAUGGCAAUGAUUCCCACUUCUCAUCUUGUUGCUCUGGAGCUGGGGUUCUUCAACCAGGUAGACACAGUGAAAGAAGUAACCGCGGCAGCAUAUCAUAGGUUUUCACACUUUUCGACUUGCCGUCGUGCCUUAACCCUAGCUGCGGUGUUUCUUCAUGACUCCUCUACGGAUGUUGUAAGGUCAAUGCGGGGUAUCACCCAAAACUCAAGCCACCCUUUUACUCUUUGCCCGACAGACUGGAAUGAUCUCACUUAUUUUUUGCAAGCCUACGGUCAGCAACAAAAACACCACGCAACUCGCAUAAGCGCAUCAAUGCGCGAGCUCUUUCUAUUACCCAAUACAACGGAUGUUCAGCAACGUUCAUGGCUCAAGGACAUUUGCAAAAUUGGGGGGUUAGGGUCGGUUGUGGCUAUUGAGGUACUUUCUUCGUCAUUGAAAGGCGAUGCUUUCCAAGACGUUCUUCUUUAUUUAUGCACUAUCGUUGAGUCACCAAAUACGGAACCCUUUAUGCUCGUGGUGCUUUCCUGUGGGCGCGUCGUAUUACACGACUGCUCAUUGGUUGUCCUUAAAGCGAUGUCACAAACUCUGCAGGUACGUUUAAGUAAGCCACCAAAGGAUAUAACUCCAGUUCAUAAAGAGCUCUACCUCGCCAUUUCGACCGUGUGGUUAACGAUUAUUGGCUGCCGUCUGAAGGAAAACUCUUUGUUGGAGUCUAUAAUUGUGCAACAAGGGAGCACGCUCAAUAAUUCGACCUCCGCAAUGGUUCACCGCACGGUGUGUGACUCGAUGGUUGAAGUAACAAAGAACAAGGAUGCGUGUUCGCUGCCCCAGUUGGAUGAGUUUGUUCAAAAGUGUCUGAAGCAGGUUCUUCACUCUGGUUCAUACAUCAAGAAAAAGGCACAUGCAUACGGUGUUGCCGGUGUUUUGCAUGGACUUGGACUCACUUCGCUGCGCCGCUACAACAUAUUGGAAACGAUGCAGGCAUCUAUGCGUGAAAAACAGGCCGAGCGUUCGGGUGUAAUGGUUUUGCUUGAAGUAUUGUCCGAAGUUAUGGGCCCGAAAUUUGAACCCUAUGCGCUUGCGAUGUCUAGUGGGUUGCUGGAGGGCGUUGCCGACAAGGAUCAAAAGGUGUCUGAAUGCGCUGAUGAUGCCUCGCGGUUGAUGGUUAGCUCUCUUACCGCAGUGGGUUUGAGGCAACUAAUACCUCGACUAGUGAAGGGUCUCGCGGCGGAUCAGGCAAAGAUGCGCAUACCGCCACUUAACUUCAUAGGUUAUGUUGCGUUUUGUUCACCUAAGCAGUUAGCAGCAACACUUCCAGAGAUUACGAAGCAUAUUAAUGCCUGUUUGUUCGACGUCAACCACAACGUGUCGGCAGCAGCCAUGAAUGCCUUGCGGCGGGUUGCUGGUGUCGUAUCUAAUACUGAAAUCCGAGAGCACGUGGAAGUCAUUCUCGCCGCCCUUCGCUCACCUAAUACUGAAACCGAAAAUGCGCUGGAUACUCUGCUUUACACACGCUUUGUGAACGCUGUAGAUCCGGCCUCACUUGCUCUCAUCAUUCCUAUUAUCUCCCGCGGACUCAGUAACCAGAUGCCUCACACACGGCCGAAAGCGGCGCAGAUUGUUGCAUCAAUGGUAAACCUCGUCAACGACACCCAGUCACUCAAGCCAUACUGUCAACAACUCGUCUCGCUGUUGGAGGAGGCUGCAGAGGAUCCCAAAACAGAGACUCGCACCACCAGCGCAAAAGCGAUUGCCGCCCUCGCAGCUGCAAUCGGCGGUACCCUUGUUGAUGAAAUCGUGGCGUGGUGCUUUUCAAACCUGCACAAGUCGCACGGUAGCAGUGUUGAGAAAGCGGGAGCUGCGCAAGUUUUUGUUGAAAUUGUAGAAAGCUGUGGUGACGCCGUCCUCUACGACUCAUUUGCAGUUAUUGAAACUGGCAUGCUUGACGAACGACCACCAGUGAGGGAAGGUUUCUUGCACAUUGUAGUGUACGCCCCUUCCACCCUCAACCCAACAACCUUUCAGCAACUUCUGCCAAUGGCAUUUCCGUGGGUUCUGGAAGGUCUUUCCCACUUUUCAGACCGUGUUCGUGACGUAGCAUUGACAGCAGGCUCAAGCAUCAUAAACCUAUACGGCACGCGAAAUCUGGCUCUCGUUCUUGAACCGUUGAUGAACGGUGUGUUGAGUGAGGUCUCAACGUUGCGCCACAGCUCCCUGUUGCUAACAUCAAAGUUACUCCUUCACAUUGUACAGAACAUACGAAAGAAAAUGCGUGUUCAGUCGGUCAAGGAACGCGGUCCUGAGGAUGGUGAGAAGGGAGGAAAAGAAGACGAACAAACCAACGGUGAGCCGGCAGCGGACGACGAUACGGGAGCCAUGGAAAUCCUACAGGUGGAAUCCGCUCGCAGUGUUGAGAAGCGCGGAAUAUCCGUUCUAGGAGCUCUUGAAGAGGCCCUUGGUACUGAGGGAUUUGUGCGACUUUUGUCAGCCAUUUUCUGUGGCCGUAACGAACACAAUCUUAACGUGCGAACAGAGUCUAACAACGCGUGGCAGGCAUGUGUGGCAAGUCCAUGUGGAGCUGUCAAAAAAAUUUUCAGCGGUUUGAUCGACCUUUUGGUCAUAUACGCCCCAUCGGAAAAUCCAGAUUGUGCGGAGAUGGCGAAUAAGACCAUCGAAUUCACGUCGCGCCUCAGCGAGAUGAUUGAACCAUUCAUUGACACUCUGUGCGACCGCUACAAGGAAGACGACCGCAGAAGUAAGCUUGGUGCUCUUACUUGUCUCACUUGUGUUGUUGGAUACGUCGACGGCCGACGUCUUAUUGGUAUGGGGGGACAGAUUGUGGGGUGUGUUUUGCCAGGUAUGCAGGAGAAAGAUCCUCAGGUACAGCAAUGCGCCCGUGAACUCUUCGCGAAGGUUUCAAAGAUCGUUGGACCUGGUCUUAUUGAAAGUGCCACAGAGGCCCAACUCGAAACCUCCGUUCGGGGUGUCGUAGAGGUGGUAAAGGUUAAACCCAAUGUGGCACUCGAGAUUAUAUUCAGGUACCUCAACCGACAGAGCAAAUACGUGCAGCACAACUUGGAACUUUUGGACACUAUUCUCGAUGUGGAGGAAGCGGAUGACCAGAUGCGGCGGUACAUUCCUGACACGGGUAAAAUACUCCUAGCUUUUCUAGUGCAGAGGCUGGAUGGUGCCAGCGAGUCGUAUCAGAAGUUCAUUGCGGGUCUCAGUCAGGGGUAUGAGCACAUACCACAGGAGCAGUGGCAGAAGGCGCUGCGGGCACCAGCUACGCAGCUCGGUGCCCUAGCUGCUGCGGAAGCCUUUGGUUUAGGUAUUUCUACGGAAUCUGUCGAAAGCCUCUCUGCGGUGUUUCGAGCCGCAAUCGAGUCGUUGGGCAGUGACAACGAUGAAAUGAGGGCGCUUGCAGUGUCAAUGAUUCCAAAGUUAUUCAACUCCAUUGAACGGCGUAUUGUUGACUCGCUGGAAGAGGAGGAGCAGCAAGAUCUUACCACCAGCAAACGCGCUGUGGGACGGUAUCUACUACAGUACCUGGGAGUAUUCCAAGAGACUCUAGGUGUCACCGCUCGUGCCAUGGUCACGGAUACGGAACCCGAGUUUAGUGUACUCGGUGAGGGCGGGCAAGCACGUCUCUUUGACUCCCUUAUGGCCUUCUACAACAGGGGUCUUGACUACGGUACAUCCAUGCAAAAGGUUCAGGCUGUGGAAUGCAUCCAGGAUCUCUUAACGUACGCUCCACGCCGUGUAAGUGCUGGGUCGACAAACACCGUCGCUGGACGCUGCUCGAAAGUUCUUUUUGUGCGCAACGAUGGGGGUGUUGUUCUUGCAGUGGUGAGAUUAUGUCUUCAACUAAUGGGCUACCCUGCAAGUGGUAAGGAGGCGAUGGUGGAGGGAACCAUGGCACUCGCCAUGUUCAAUGCAGCGCUCUGUGACGUCGGGGAGGCUCGAGUGUUGGCGCUCCGCGUUGUGAUCCAAUUGCUGCAGCGCUCGGAGAGGUACGCUGACCUUAUUCUUGGCACUGUCGUGGCAAAGAAAGGGGCCGUUGACUCACCUUUACUGCGUGGUGUUAUGUGCCGCUUCAUCUCCGUAGUCAUGCGCUACAGCAAUCUCAGUAAAACCCUGAGCCAUAUUACAAAAUUGAUGGAUAUUGUGAAACCUAUAUGGGAACGUGCUGAGACACCGGCGACGGCUGUUGCAGCUGGUAUUGCCGUUGCCGCCCUCUGUAGGUCUGCCAGUAUUACAGAUGAACAAUUUUCUACCCUGAGGGAUACAGCCCUGAAUAUGAUGUCCACAAAGGGUACGAGCGCUCUCGGUGGCUUUGCGUUUUCGUACUCGGUGAUUGCCAGCCGUGUUGAACGUGUGGAUGCUAGCUUCGUCAAUGCAGCUAUGUUCACUGUUCGCUCUGCGGCGGGUUUUGGAAUCAGCGACAAGUUGAGUGUCACUUGGAUAUUGCGCGCGACUGCGGCGCUUGUCGGAACUGGCCUGGUGCCAACGAGCGAGCUGAAGAUGGAAGUUUAUGCGCCAUUACUGCGUCGUGUUGACGCAAAUGAUGAGGUUCUUAUGAGUACAUCGCAGUACUUCUAUGACGCUGUGUCGGCGCAGUUUCCACAAACCAUUUCUUCAAUGUCCGACUUCCAUCGGGAAAUGAGUACACAGUGGUGUGUAGUUGGACACUUUGAUGCGGAUCUCGACGACGAAGUGAUAGCCGAUACCAUGUGCUGA